AUGGGCCUACUGUGGACCCUAUUCUCCCUUUUGCUCCUCUUGCUGGUGAAGCCAGGCCGCCAAAGGACCCAGCUCACCCAGCUGCCCAGGCGCAUUAGCCUCAAGGAGCAGGAUAGGAAGGUCGACCCUGUGGCCACUCAGCCCAAGGGGCAGGAGAUCCAGAGACCCUGCUGUGUUCCAGGAGGCAGCCUUCACGGGAGCCAGGAACUUGGCAUCACGGGGUGCUGGGGUGUCCGCCAGCUGCCAGACAUGGCUCAGCCCUCCAUAGAGCCCUCUUCAGGGGCCGACCGAGCCGAGAGGGCUCCUGGGGUCCCACUGUUGGCCUGUUCCAUUGCCUGCAGGGGGCUGCUGAGCCGGCAUGGCACGUUGAGUGGCUGGUGCAAUCUGUGCCUACUCGAGGGCAGAGCCCUCCUAGUUUUUUUUUGUGACACGGACACCAAAGCGGGUGAGUUGUUCCAAAAGCGACAGGGUGGUUCUGUGGAUUUCUUCUGCUCUUGGUCCUCCUAUAAAGCAGGUUUGGGGAGCCAAGAAUCUGAAUUCUGGCUGGGGCAUGAGAAUUUGCACCAGCUCACUCUUCAGGGUACCUGGGAGCUGCAGGGGGAGCUGGAAGACUUUUUUGGCGAACACACCUUUGCCCAUGAGGCCUUCCACCUCCUUGGGGAGGCAGAUGGGUACCAGCUGGUGUUGGACAAGUUCUCAGAGGGCACCUCCCUGUCGGGGGACUCCCCGAGCUGCCACAACCGGAAGCCCUUUACCACCUACGAUGCUGACCAUGAUGUAAGCAUGUGCUGCCAGGUCAUCCACGGUGCCAGGCAGUACACAUCACACUGCCAGUCCAAUUUCAGUGGACACUACACAAUGUCAGAGGCCACUGCUCACAAGUAUGGCAAGUGGGCCUCAGGCCAGGGCAUGGGCCACCCUUACUGCAAGGUUCACAUGAUGCUUACUAGGAUACCCUGUCAGCCAGUCUCCUUAUCUCUCCCGUGCAGCUUCCGGACCUUCAGCUACCCUCCCUGUGGCUAACUG